AUGACUGCCGUCGGUGUGGUGAACGUUGCGCCAGACGGCAAUGUCGCUUUGAUCUGUGGUGGUCAGGGCAAAGGCGACAGACAGCUCAAGAUUAUCGUCUCGUCCGCAGUCCUCAGUCUCGGCUCCACGGUAUUCAAAGCUAUGCUGAAUUCGAAGCUCAAGGAAGGAACCACACUUGCCAAAACUUCAAGCGUCGAGAUACCACUUCCGGAAGACGACUCAGCGGCUUUGUUGACGCUGUGCAAACUGCUUCACUUGCAUGAUAUCGAGCACGAAGAGCAGACUGCAGAUCACACACUUCAGCUCGCACUCCUGGCGGACAAGUAUGACUGCUGUGGCGCACUCAGAGUGUUCUACCGUAUCUGGGUGCAGAAAGCAUACGACAGGACCAAGGAUCAUGACACCAGUGUGAAGCUUUUCGCCGCCUGUUUCUACAUGAAGCUGCCUACGCACUUCCAAAUGUACGGAAGGAGACUGCUUUACAGAGCAGAAGGUGCUAUUGUACUCUCCGCAGCAGGCGAAUGUGCAGCCUCGCUCGAGUAUGUGGCAGAAGCGCUGACCGCGCAACGGAGAUCGUGGAUCGCCGAGGUGGUGCGUAUUGUGGAAAAGCUCAUCAAGCAAGAGUUCGAAAUGAAUGUCACCUCAGAUUCCACUCAUGAGUGCCGUCACGCCUGCACUUACCGCGUCGAUCGAGCGAAGGCAUUCGGAAAGUGGCUUUUUACAUCUGCCGUCUGGCCGCUGAGCACAAUCCUAAAGCAUGACAUUUUCCGCUUGAUCGACGCCCUCCAGGACCUCAGCCCAGACUGGAUUGGAUCAGCAUCUCUCUGCAGUGGAUGGGGAGGCAAGCAGUGUUGCGGGCUCCGUAUGCCUGAUGAGAAGACUCUAGCCACUGAGCUUGGAGCUUUGUCCGACAAAAUUCAACAUGCACGCAUCGAACUGUGUCUUGAAUGUGUCAGAUCUGCCAAUGUUCAGGAUUUGCGCGGCUGCAAGAAAGGUCACUGA